AUGUCGGCAUCUACGCCUCAGAGGACGUCCUUGCGACAGGGCCUGCGCCAGGCGCCUAAGAUCAACCAACCUUUCAUCCCAGACACCACCCCAGCGCGUCAAAAACACCACAGCCAGGGCUUCACAUCCCCACAGCCCCAAAUGACCCCUCAUGUGAACUUGAACCCCGCGGCCAACCCAAACAGCGCCCAAUUCGCGGUUGAUAGCUGGGAAGGGAAAAACCAAACACAACUCCCGAUGUCAACUCGGGAAGUCCUUACGCCGGGGAAUCGUCCUGCACUUUUUGCCAGUCUUACUGAUCGAACGAAGGUGGCGAGACAACCGGAUUUCUAUGACCCAUAUUUUGCAUUGAGGUUCCUUGAAGUCCCGCGAACGGAUCACAUUUAUAAGCGCGCUCACUAUGGCCUCCAGUCCGAUAUCCCAGAUGAGGUUGAUUUCGCUUUAUAUCAUCUAGUCCAAAUUUCGAACCAAAGGUGUGAUAAGUUCAAGUUUGAGGGGUUCCCAUUGCUUGCCGAAACUCUCAUGCAAAAGGCCUUGGAUGUGACCUAUCUAUGCACUGGGGUUCGGUGGGAGUUGGAGUAUGACCCUCGUUUCCCAUCGGAGCGGGUAAAUGUUCUGAACUCCCUGCACGGAACACGAGAUAUCCUCGAUAAAAUCCGAAAAAUCCCUGUUAAUCUCCCAAACGACACCCUGGAAACCACCGAGUUCACCCACAUGCUUCGGAAUAUUGAAGAAGCCACCUUGGUUCUGAGAAACAUGGUCUUGUUGAGAGAAAAUGCCUUCUAUGUUUCUCGCUAUGCUAGUGGCCUUCUGAGAGACUUCUUGGUAAUUCUACUCAACCUACCAAACCAGUCUCGCUUGAAUGAAAUCAAGAACGAUGCGCUGGAUAUUGCCGAGGAGGUGACCAAAUUCAUGAGGACUGAUCCUCAAGACCCCCUUUGGACUUCUUUAGUCGAGUGCCUACACUCCCCGGAUCGUGCCCACAUUAUGAGAGGCCUUUGGGCAUUAACUCAUUUCUCUACUGAGCUGGAGGAUGCUGAUAGCAAUCGUGCUAUGGAAAGCCUUCCCAAGCCAACCCUUCAGCAGUUAUACUACCAUACACUUUUGGACCUCGACAAGGGUAUCUUGAGCGGUGCUCUUGAUUUCUGGUAUCAGUAUACCCUCAGCCACGACAAUAUCGAGACUCUGAUGGAGGUCAUCAACUUCCCCAGCGUCUUUGUACCCCGCAUGAUCGCAUUGCUUACAUACGAGGCGCGACCAACCAAGAAAGAAACGGUCUUGCAAGAUGAAAAAGUUGCACCACCGCCAUCUGAGAUCCCGCGUGUACCACCCGAGCUCUUAGAGAAGCUGAUGGAGUCGUCAGAGCCGGAGCGCAGCUCUCAGUGGCUUCGCUGUUGCUUCGUUGAGGAUGCGGAAUGCGAAAUCACCCAGAUCGCUCUGUGGCAAGCUUACCAGAGCAGAUUUGCAGACUCUCGGGUGCCGGGUGGAGGUGUCCUUCCCGCCGCAGAGUUCAUUAAAAAUGUCAGCAAUACUUUCACAAAUGCACAGGCACAAGUGAUCAACGGCCCCGGAGGCACAACCAAGUUUAUCAUCAAGGGCAUCCGGCCCUUGGAAACUGCUUACACCGUCGAAGGAUUCCCCUAUGUGUACUGCAAGUGGGCCGACAACUCCAAGCCUUCCAAGAUGUGCCAGCGCGCAUUCAGCUCUCCUACAGACCUCCGCAGCCAUGUUUUUGGAGACCACAUGAACCUUGAAGCUGAAGAGAAACCCGGUCAGUUUAAGUUGGAGACAGCAGAAAAUCCCAUUCACACCUGUCAGUGGGAUAAAUGCACCCGUUUCCGGGCAUCGGGACCCAGUGCCAACACUGCCAUGGUGGCUGGCCAUGUUUCUUCUCACCUGCCGGAGGACCGACCUGCUGACGCGCCACCUCCGAGCACAAAGCGUCUUGUUCUCCAGGAGCGAAUUGUCCGCAAAUGGUACUACAUGGACACCCCCAUCAACGAAAAGGGCGAGCCUAUCGGUGUGGCAUACAAGGCCGCGCUGGUUCUGCGUAAUAUUGCCAAGGGCCUCCCAAACAGGGUUGCUACGAGAUACGGUGGUGUGUCUUGGAAAAAGGCAUGCUUCGUCAGCCAGCGACCAAAAAUUGUCGAAGUGUGGGAUCGCAACCGUGCUCUGCGAAAGGAGCUGACCGAGUUGAUCAUGGUCAUGGAAAAGGAGGAUGAUUAUUGA